AUCACCUGCUGCUGGCCCUGGCGCGGUGGCCGUGUCCUGCGAGGUGGCCCCGCAGUGGAGGGGGCGGGGCGGUGACGUCACCUCGCUCUGUCCCUUCCGCGCGCCGUUACUCGAGCGGUGACCCCGGCUGGGACAGGGGCUUGUCACAGGGGCUUGUCACAGGGGCUUGUCACCCGGCCGUGUUCGCUCCCCGGAGUGUCCCCAAGGGGUCCCCGCCGUGUCCCCAGCGGCCACGGAGCCCCGCAAGCAGCUGGAAGCCCUGGUGGCCGUGGUGGCCACCCUGGGUGAGGUGGCGGCCACCAUGACCAGGCCAUACAGGGGCGUGCGGCGGGGCGUGUCCCCAGAGUCCCUGCACUCAGACCUGAGGAGUUUCACCUGGCACCUCCGGAGGACCCUGAACCGCCACACUGUCACCUCGCUGGGCCGGGUCCUGGCCACCCUCGGGGUCACCCCUGGGAGCACCUGGGCCGAUGUGAGAGCCGCGGGCAGCGCCUGGCGGGUGUCGGCAGAGGCGCUCAGGCACAGAUGGGGCCGGCUGGCCAGGGAGGCCACCGAGCUCCGCGGCGCCUGCAGGGACGCGGCCACCACCGAGGCCAGUGCUGCAAAAGCCCACGCAGCCAUCGCCACCCACCGUGCCUGGUACCUGCAGGACAAGGCCACCCACCAGAGGACAGCCGGGGACAACCAGGUGGCCGCGGCCCAGCAGCCGCCGAUGGCCCCGGACAGGGAGGAGGUGGCCUUGGCAGGGGCCACACACAAGGCCCGGGUGGCAGCGGCCACCAAUGAGGAGCGGGCGGCCGCCCAGGCCAUGAGAGAGGCCAUGGUGGCCAAGAGCCAGGCGAGGGUGGCCACCAGGAGGGGACAGCAAGCGGAGGUGGCCCUGGGGCCGCUGAAGCACUUGGUGGCUGCGUGUGACGAAGCCACCACGUUCCCCCAGGAGCUGCAGUGGCGGCUCAGGGCCAUCGAGGCCACCCUGUAGGGGACAGAGGAGGCGUCCCCCCAUGUCCCCGAAGCCUUGGUGGCCGAAGUGGCCGAGUUUGGGUGGCUGUGGGAGGCCAGCGCCCACCUGUUCACACGUCAUCUGCUGGGGAUACUUGGGGACAUCCACAACCUCCUCUUGAGUCCCUAUGGUGGCCGUGGUGGCCCUGGUGGCCUCAGUAGCCGCAUGGUGGCCGAGCGGUGCCAAAAAGCCAUUGAGGACAUUCCAAGGCUGCUGCAGGGACAGUGAUGUCACCGCUGGGAUGUCAUAGGGGCAGUGACGUCACUGGGGAGACUUGUGGACACUUGAGUGUCACCAGUGCCUCAUGUCACCAAGAACCCCUUGUGUGCCACCAGCUCCUCGUGUCACCGGGGCCUCGUACAAGAGAAAUUGGGGGGGUCGUUGUGCCACCAAGAGCCUCCCGAGUGUCACCAGGACUGGCCCCCUGUGUGCGGGUCCCUGGUGUCACCGGGGUCUUCUCUGUGUCACACACUGCCCUUGGGCACCCACCGGGGCCCUCGAGCACCGGGACCCCUCCCGGGCACUGGGACCCCCAAAUUUCACUGUCCUUGUGCACGGAGACCCCCUUCAGGACCCCCCCUCAGGCAUCAGGACCCUCAAGUUUCCUCUUCCCUCUCCUUGGUCACCAGCACCACCAGACCCCCCCCCCGAAAUCACCGAGCACCGGGACCCCCCCUGCAUUGACCCCCCUCACCACGCACCAGGACAGGGACCGGGCCCCCCCUUGUGCACCAACCCCCCCCGAGCACCGGGCCCAGACCCCCCUUUGUGCCCCCCACCCAUCACGGGGGUUCCGCCCCCUCCCCUUUGACCCCCCCGGAGCCACAGGACACCCCUGGAACAGCGCCGGGACUGGGGGGGGCCCCGAGCUCUGGGGGGGCACAGGGGGUCGCCAGCACCGGGGGGACCCUUUGGGCUCAGUCCUGUUCCCCCCCCAGUGUCACCAGGGACACCCCCGCCCCCCGCUUCACCAACCCCCCAAAGCGCUGGG